GUUAACAACAACACAACAUGGAAAACUCAAUCACUUCUUAAUAACAACUCCGAAGAUCUGAAAUACAAGCCCAACCGACCCAAAAUCAGGCAGCAAAGUCAAGAUCCCAUCGCCAAUUAAACGUAAAACUUGUUGUAUACUUCAUCUUUCCAUGGCAUGGUCAUGGCCAUGGCCAUUUCCUUCGCAUCCCUCCUCAAAACCACUUCUCUGAUCCUAACCCUCCUCGCAGUUCUCUUCUUCUUCCUCUUCACCCCUCGUACGCCGCAGCUCCCUCGCAGAUCACUCUUGGCCACUAACUGUACCACCAGUUUCCUCGCCCAAAACAACCACUCAGAUGGCCUUUUCGACUACUUUUAUUUUCACAUUUGCCAUGCCAACCAGAACCAUUUUCUCUCUAUCCCCUCUCUCUCCCUCCUGUCCCUUCUUUUUUUCUACAUUCUCAUCAAAACCGCUCAAUCCCACUUCUCUUUAGUUACUACUCAGCUCUCUACACUCUUGAAUCUCUCCCCAAGUAUGGCUGCUGUUACGCUUUUGGCAUUGGGUAAUGGGUCUCCAGAUAUUUUUUCGUCCGUCGUUGCGCUUCGUACUGGGCAGUACCGCACUGGGUUCGGGGCAAUUUUGUCAGCGGGGGCGUUUGUUUCGGCUUUUGUUGUCGGGUUUGUGGCGAUUUAUGCGGCUCCGUUUAGUGUUGAUGCUGGGUGUUUUGUGAGGGAUGUGGGGUUUUAUUUGGUGGCCGCUUUGUUUUUGUUUUAUGUGUACUUGAGUGGGGAGAUAUUUGUGUGGCAAGCUGUUGGGUUUAUUAUGUUUUAUGUGUUCUUUGUUGGGAUUGUGUUUUGGAUGGAUCUAGGAAUGAAUACAGGUGAGAAAAAGGGUGAUAAAGAAAUGAGUAUUAUGGGGCCGGAUUGCGAGGUUGGAGAAGCUAAAGAUUUAGAGGGAAUGAAGAGAAAUGAAGGGUUUGGGUUUGCUCAAGUUUAUGGAAAGUUUUUUUCAACAUUCAUACAGGUAUCAAAAGCAUGGGAGCUUCCAGUCACUUUUUUUCUGAAGCUGACAAUUCCAGAAACCGAUCCUUCUAAAUGGAGCCGGUUCUACUCAUCUGCAAAUAUUGCUCUUUGCCCUUUAUUGCUUUUGUAUGUUUGCAACUCCUUCAUGCCAAUAGAUCAUCCUAUAGCUUUCCUCCUUCCGAACAUCCAUUUCCCUCUCUGGUUUGUAGUACUCUUAGCAAGCACUUCACUUGCAGCACUUCAUUUCAUAGUGGAAACAGAACCCCCAAAGACUGAGCAAUUGCCUGUGGUGGUUGUAGCUUUCCUGAUGAGUGUCUUUUGGAUAUCCACUGUUGCUGGGGAGCUGCUUAACUGUCUGGCUGCACUUGGGACAAUCCUUGAAUUGCCUCCAGCUAUUCUCGGGCUCACAGUACUUGCAUGGGGAAACUCUGUCGGAGAUCUUGUUGCUGACGUUGCAGUUGCUAAAGCUGGCCAUCCAACAAUGGCAAUGGCUGGGUGCUUUGCAGGGCCAAUGUUUAACAUGCUUAUAGGACUUGGAUCGGCUUUGGUAAUGCAAACAGCCAAUGUUCAUCCAGAAGCUUAUCAGGUGCAUUUCCACAUCGGUAUUGUUACUGCUUUUGUGUUCUUGCUCUUGAGUCUGAUGGGAUCUCUUUUAGUCAUAACUUGGUCUAGAUUCCGGGUACCUAGGUUUUGGGGGUUUUGCCUGGUUGGCCUUUAUGUCGUAUUUACUGCAGUCAGCUUAGUUAUUGCCAAGUUUUCAGGGUGAUCGGUAUUACCUGUUAAAUUGAGAAUGUAUUUAGUCAUGAUGAAAAAGCAUCGAUACAGCUCCCUGGAUAUGCAAAUUCUUAUGCAAAAAAUGAAAAUGGAGCAAGGACAUGCUAGUUACUUAUCCGAAAAUUAAAAUGCAGCGAAGAUCAAUGAUAUGCAAGCAUUGUUGUCAGAGUCGAAAGAAGCCAUGAUUGCAGAACUUCUAGUCUGCAGAUUGAAUAUAGGAAAAUAGUGUUAUAUUUUUUUCUUCUCAAAAAUGAUUUAGGUAAAAUUAUCUACUUGUAAUAGUAAAAAUAUUUGUAUAUUAAUGAAGUGAUUAAUUCAAUAUUCUUUUAUAUAUGUAAUACUAGUUUGCCUAUAUAUGAUUCCUUUUUAUCCCCAA